AGAGCGGAAGUGCUGCUGUAUAAUUGAUGUGUUUUGACGCUUUGCCUGCGGAGAACAGCAGCGGGGGAAACAGGCGGACUGCGGGAGGAGGAACUGUUCCAUAACACAGUACAAAAUGGGUGUCGAAAUCGAGACAAUAACCCCAGGCGACGGAAGGACUUUCCCCAAAAAAGGACAGACGUGCGUGGUGCAUUAUGUAGGCUCCCUGACAGAUGGACGAAAGUUUGAUUCAUCCCGUGAUAGGGACAAGCCUUUCAAGUUCAAGAUUGGCAAGCAAGAAGUGAUCCGAGGCUGGGAAGAAGGCAUUGUGCAGAUGAGUGUUGGUCAGAGAGCCAAGCUGACUUGCUCGUCUGACUACGGCUAUGGUAUGAAAGGCCACCCAGGCGUUAUCCCCCCUAACGCCACCCUCAUCUUUGACGUUGAGCUUCUCAGUUUGGAAUGAGACAAAUUCACAGCCAACGUUUUGUUUGGUGUAACUUCCUACCCAGGUGGCUUGGAGAGAAACUAGGACAGUCUGCACUUGAUUCUAUAAGAGGCUUGAUUUUCUUUUUUCCCAUAUUUUACGGUUGUCAUUACAUGAAACUAUGACAUUUUGUCUCAGUGACUCAGUUAUAUAUAUUUUCCAUUGUAUUCUUUCUCUAAAACUAUGGCCCAUAACCUUACAAACCUCUAUGUUCUUAAUCUUGAAUUUGUUGAACUGUGUUUUGUGUUUUUUGAAAUGUUGGUUGUGCAUGGUUAUGCUGAGAAGUAUAAAAUACCAAUGAACCACUAGCAGCGACAUUCAUCUUUUGAAAUUCAAUGCAUACAGGUAUUAUAUUUUUGAGGGCUAGUGCUUAUAAUGUUAUAGAAAAAAGUAAAAACAAAGAAAAGCACACAUUUGUGUUUAAUCCCUGCAACUGAAAACUCGUAUAAAUUAAAUGAGUUUCGAUUAGAGAGCUGUUGAAUUCAGUGCAUACAGGUAUUAUACAGUGUAGUGAAAUAACCUUGAUGUUAAAUUUGCCUCUUCCUUCAUAGCACUUCUGUGUUUGUUUUUUUUUAAUUAAAAUUAUCUGACUAAUGAAGUGCGAUUGACACAGUAGUAGGUAGUUCUAAUGUGUGCCUAAUUAUGUUCACCAUACAUAUGGCUACUACCUUACCCUGUCUGCAUGUUCACAGCCCGACGGGACCCUUACUGUGUACAUGUUGGGAGCUUUGCAUCUGAUUUGCAUUAUUACUGCCUUUUUUUGUUUUUCUCGCCAAGUCUUUAAACCCCAUUUAAAGCCAUGCACAGGUUUGAUCAAAGCAAACAAAGACUCUUUGGUGAUGCACAUCAACUUAAAAUUUCACGAUUUUUCAUCAAAAAUAAGGAAAUGCUUGAAAUUUACAAAAGUGGGCUGAGGAUUCAAUGGAAUUGUGACCUCCCCAAUACUAUUUUGUGUAACAACUUCAAUUAUGUAUUUUUCAGAUGCCAAGUUUCUAUCUUGAAUCAACGAAGCUAAUAUGUUAUAUGACCUGCAUUAUGAUGAUUUUUUUAAAACUCUGUGUCAGUGAAGUACCACGCUGCCUAACUGAAGUUUGUGUUGUUGAGAUGAUGCGGACACAGGUACUCGAGUGGUUUUGUAUCUCAGAUAAAUAGUUUUAAAUGGAGUUUAAAUGAAGACAAGGAAUAAAGUGGCUUGCUGUCAGAUGUUACACAUUGGCGUGACAGCAGCCCACCACCGUACUGUGUAGUUACUAUGUGCUGAUACGUUACUGUAUGCAGGCUAAACCAAUGAUGAUAUAUUUAAAAUAAAUGAAGUGCCCUCCA